UUGAGGAGUACACGCUUGGGUGGCAUUAGCGGCGGAGUUCAUUGAUAGAGUGCGAGUGAGUAGCGGAGCUGAGCGGAGGCAACACGAGGAGGGCAAGUUGGCUGUCGAUAUAUGGGGCGAGGACGGUAAAUACUGGUCCAGGAAGGCUCAUUUAGUUGUGUGGACGGAGCCUACGGUUUAGCGUCGGUCCCGGGGGAUCAGACAGUCAGUGGGUGGCGGUGAGCGAUGAGUGGUCCGCCCGUCACGUGGUUAUAACGCGCAGUACCGCCACGCUGCUACUCCGGCCCGCCUGUCCCUCUAUACCACUGCUUGGAAACUCCCGCGCUUCAGGAAAAAUCAUAGGAAAGAGCACCUGUUUCCUCACACACACACACACACACCAGAAUAGCAAACUUCCGCGUGAUUGAAUUGAAAAGAGAGGAAGGUUGAUGCUGAACAGUGUGUCGCGUAGAGAUUAGCGCCGCGUGAAGUUAAGAUAGAGAAAAUUAUACACUCAAACUUAACCUUGCACAGUGGAUUCAGCGAGGAAGCGACGCUCACGGAGGAGGCUGAGCUGAGGGCCGCCGCUACUGCCGCCGCCGCCGCCGUCACCGCCACUCCAGCAUCCCCGUCACCACUGUCACCAUUCGGGGUGUGCGGUAGCGGUGGCGGGCCAGGCGGGCCGCACGUGGCCGCCGUAAUGCUCUCGCCGGUGGACGCCGGGCCGCACGGGCCACACGGGCCACAUGGGCCGCACGGUCCCCACGGCCCCCACGGCCACCCCCCGUGGGCCCCCGCCUCGCUGGACGACAUGACGCAAAAGGCUUGUGAUAUCGAAUUCUCCUCGGCUCUGACUACAGACGCGCUCGACUACUCCCUCGGGCCCUCAGGUCAUAGCGGAGUCAAUCAGCUGGGCGGUGUGUUCGUCUCAGGUCGGCCCCUUCCAGACUCCACUCGACAGAAGAUCAUUGAACUUGCCCACUCCGGCGCCAGGCCCUGUGAUAUCUCCCGAAUUCUCCAGGUGUCGAACGGGUGUGUCUCCAAGAUUCUCGGCAGGUACUAUGAGACGGGGUCCAUACGGCCGCGUGCCAUUGGGGGUUCGAAGCCGAGGGUGGCGACGCAGGAAGUGGUGGCGCGCAUUGCUCAGUUCAAGAGAGAGUGUCCCUCCAUCUUCGCGUGGGAGAUUCGGGACCGCCUGCUGUCUGAGGGCGUCUGUUCCGCCGACAACAUCCCCAGCGUAUCCUCCAUCAACCGCGUCCUAAGAAACAUCACCAACAAGGAAACAGGGACGAGCUCUCCUGGUGUGGGGGGCGGCACUCCCUCUACGGGCGGCGGGGGGACCAUUGUACCCACUGGAGGCGCGGGAGGUGGCGGCGGAGGGGGCCAGGCGAUGGGCGUGGGGGGCGGCAACUCAACCCACAGCAGUAACGCCAGCACGCCCACGCCCACUUCCACGCCCUCGCAAGAUCCAAUGUAUGAUAAACUAAGGCUGCUCAAUGGACAGGCUUCGUGGCCCCGCGCUCAGUGGUACAGCGGCCCAGGUGGUGACGUCACUACCCUGCCUGUGGAGUCCCCCCAGCCGCCCCCCUGCAGCCAGCCCCCCCUGCCCAAGAAGAGCGAUGGAGGGGACCUGAGCGAGGACAGCAACCCAGGCAGCAGCGAGAACAGCAGCAGCGAGGACCAGGCAAGACUACACCUGAAGAGGAAACUGCAGAGAAACAGAACCUCCUUCACCAACGACCAGAUUGACAGUCUUGAAAAAGAGUUCGAGAGGACACACUACCCUGAUGUGUUCGCCAGGGAAAGACUCGCAGCCAAGAUCAACCUGCCCGAAGCAAGGAUACAGGUGUGGUUCAGCAACAGACGCGCUAAGUGGCGGCGCGAGGAGAAGCUUCGGAACCAACGCCGCACCGCAGAGGGAAUGGCGCCCUCCUCUCCCACCCGCAUCAUCAACAACUCCUUCACGCCCACGCCCAUGUACACCCCCCUGCCGCCCCCGCCCGUCUCCGUUGGGGAUACGUAUGGGUCUAUGGGCGGCGGCGGCUUCGGCAUGACUUCCACCGUGUGUCCCAUCGCCUCCAGCCCCAACUGCCUCCCAGCCCAGCAGGCCCCCGCCCACGGCCACACCGGCAGCCCCGCAGGCAUGGGUCUGGCCAGGGACAACCCACACGCCCCCCACAACCACUACAUGACGCGCCCCUCCUACGAGUCCCUGUACUCCCACGCCCGCGCCUCGCCCACCUGCCCGCCCAUGCUCUACCACCACCACCACCACCAUCAGUCGCCCCACGCCCACGAGUACAACACGCCCACGCCGCCCAACUCCCAGGCGGGUCUGCUGUCCCCCGGCGUGUCAGUGCCCAUCGCCGUGCCUGGACAGCACCACGAUAUGAACUCCCAGUACUGGACUCGCCUUCAGUAGCCACCACCAAGCCACUCCGCCGCCAUUACCAUCACCACUACCACUACCGCUACUACUACCGUUACCGCCGCUACUACUACUACUACUACUACUACCACCACCACCAUCACCGCCGCCACUAUUACAGUUAUCGUCAAUUUCAAACGAAUCAGCAGCUCCUCUCUCUCUCUCUCUCUCUCUCUCUCUCUCUCUCUCUCUCUCUCUCUCUCUCUCUCUCUCUCUCUCUGCGCACAUAUGACCGACUUUUUCUUUUUUUUCAUAUUCAUAGUGCAAAAUAUUAAGGUGACUAAUUGAAAAGUGUUGUGCUACGUUUUCUGCUUAACUUUUUUAUACAUAUGUAUUUAAAUAGCUAAGUUUAUUGGUUGGUCUUCGAUUCCGUCUAGCGAGAGAAGAAGAAACGGAAGAAAAAAGAAGAAUCGAUUAAUUUAACUAAUGUAACCCCUUUUUUUCGCUUUCGUGAGAGAGAGAGAGAGAGAGAGAGAGAGAGAGGGGAGGGGAGUUAAACAACCACAAGUCAAAGCAAGGUUGGCACACAAGGCAGGCUCUACCAGUGAAAGCCUUAGGUCAUUUGUGUGUUCAGCCUGCGGGGCCAUGACAAGCCUCCACCAACGAGUGUGUGUAACUGUUAACUCGUGACUCAAUGACGUGACACAAUUACUAAUCAUCUCGGUGAAGCAUUGCUAGUCUCAAUACUUAUGCUUUAAUUAGAGUCAUUUAUUUGUGUUCGCGUUUCUUUAAAUUGAAGGGAAGUUUUUCUGCUGAUCCAUUACACUUUGAGGGGAAUGCGUUGUUUCUUAUCCUUGGUUUCAUGUAGACAGAUGUGGAUGUGAAUAGCGUGAUGUGGGAUUUAAACUCGAUGAGCUUUUUUUUUUUUUUUUUACCAAGGCAGUGCGCAACAACAAGGUAAAAAUGUUCUGCUUAAGAGAGAGAAAGAGAGACUUUCUCCGCCGAUAAUCUUCGUGAGUCUGGGUCAAAGCAGCGAAGCGGUGUCGAGUAAGGUGGGAAACUGUAUUUCUGGUGACAACUGUUCCCCUACCGCCGCGCAGCCACCUCCACCUGUGCUGCGUGUGAAGUAGUGACGUGCUGGAUACUUUGUGUGACACCAGAAUGGAAAAGAACGGAGAAAGUUUCGAGUCUCCCAGUGAAAGUGAGGGAAGCCGAGUGUAUAUUUGCAGCCAGGCUCGUCUCACUCCAUGGCGGACGAUGCUGUGUUUAGUGGCUGAAAGUCUUCACGUGUGUCUCUGAACCACGUGCUGCUUCUCCACUACUUCAAAAGGCUCUGGUUGAAGGUGUAGCAAUGAGACGUGACGGCAAUGCAGUGAAGCCAAUGCCAGACAAGGGUCCCGUCCGCCGGAGUGAGAGGAGUGUUGUUCUGCCAAGGUACCCGCCAAGUGGCCUCACCGAUGCUAUUCAUAUCAUCCUCCGCCACCCUGUACUGUAUUAUAGGCCUGCAUUCCGAAGCACAAAGGAGUAGUCGUGUCCGAAACUAAUGCGCUUUCACACCUUGUUUCAUUAUUAAUAUAAAGAUAAAAACCCAGGAAAGCUGUGCACUUUGAGGAGAGCACUAACGAGGGGGAGUUGAGGCUUCCAUACUUUUAUCAUUACUCUACAUAACUAAUCCUAUUUUAACGUGACAUUUGCAACGCCCGAAGUGGCUCUCGUGUCUCAAAUGACCGCAGCUCUCCGCUCACCGUUGACAUGCUUAGUUGCUACUGACAAUAAAACAAAAACAUGUUAUCAAACAAUGAGGGUGGACGCUUGCCUUAGGGGGUCACGGGGCGGCGCAGGAGCCAACGCCGCGCCACCUGACGCAUGGCGGGGCGCCUCACCAAGGUAUUGAGGCGGCACAAGUCACUCCACGAAAUGCUCAUGCCGCGAGCCUGCCACCACUCCUUCCAUCCAUCCCGGCAGCGAUUCAUUUUGUAAACAGCUCUGAGCAUCAUCCAAACGUUGAAGCAUUGGCUGAGCCGCGAGCCGAGCAAACCUGCUGGAGCUGCUGUGUAGCGCUAAGCCUCAUCGUCAUCACAGCAUUAGGCGCUAACCAGUUUUAUAUUUGCGUUCGUAGGGCGCCCUGUAUGUUCCUUAGUAAAACAUUACACGGGCUUUUUUCUGUCAGUUUCAUAAUUAUGAAAUGUUUCAUGAAAACGCUUAAAAACUCUGGACACGCCGCGGAAGGAGAACACAGGUAGUGUGUAGUGGUGAAUCAGAACAUUUGUUUGUUAUUCAUCACAAUCCUACGUCUUCCAAGUAUUAAACCAACCCCCGCCGUGAGGAGCGCGGCGCCCCGCCAGACAGCCUGAGUGUUGGCUCCUUGCGCCGCCUUGCAGCAUAACGUGUUUUUGACUGACUCGCUUUGUGGAAUGGACCACUGUCUGUAAUAAAAGGUUUCAGAAGUACA